AUAAUUGGGUAUCAAAUAUAUGUGGUUUUCUGCCAGGGACUGGUUCCCCAGCUCUCAGAAUAUGCCAAUAGGCUUGCUCAAUGGCCCAACAGUGGCAACCUGGCACUGUUAGGGCUUGAACCAGCAACCUUCUGAUUACUAGUCCAGUACCUUAACCGCUGGGCUACAACUGCCCCCAUGAGAGUUAGAUGAGGUACCUGGAUGAAACCCAUGGGCAGAACAUGCAAGAAUUUCCAGUGGUUUGAAGUGAAUAUGUGGCAUCCAUGCUAGUGAAGCCCUAGCCUCGUCUUCUUGAGAUUGCCGGUUUGAUCCCCACUGAUUCUGUAACUAUUUAUGAGUCCAAUAGAGCAUAAUUGGAGCUGUUCUCUAAGAAGGAGGUAUGACAUAAUUGUCUCCCUUAUUUAUUACAGCAACUCUUGUAUAUCUCAGUCUGUGAGCUUACAUGUACUUACCUAAAUAUACUUGGUUGAUCACUAGAUAGAUCUCUCCAAAUCUAAUCAGGAUCUUGGAUCUUUAGGUACCUAAAGGUUAGAGGAUGCUUGAUGACCAUUUUUGGAAUGUGUUCCAGGUGUGGCAUGUCCAGGCGCAGCCGGAACAGUCGAGCGUGGCGCACCGUAUGGAGCGGCAUUCGACGGGAUGCAGACACAAAAACACUGGUGCUUCCAUCUGAGAGUGAGGAAUGGGGCUGUGAACGCCUGCAGUACAGUGACUCAGACUCAGAGACUGAGUAUCCUGGCAUUGUCCCAUCAGUACCAAGUGCUGUGCCAGUAACCGGGGAGUCAUACUGCGGCUGUGCCUUGGAAAUGGAAUCCAGCUGCGACCCACGUCUGCGCGGCUACGCACGACUGAGAGACUGCCACUGCGGAGAGGAUGACCAGGAAUUUGACUGGGUUUGGGAUGAGGGCGGUCGGUCAGCGGCCACGCUGCUGAGCUGUGAGAACAGGAAGGUGAGCUUCCACUCGGAGUACAGCUGUGGCACCGCUGCCAUCCGUGGCUCCAAGGAACUCUCGGAGGGACAGCACUUCUGGGAAAUCAAAAUGACCUCUCCGGUCUAUGGCACAGACAUGAUGGUAGGCAUUGGUACAUGUGACGUGAAUCUGGACAAAUACAGACACACCUUCUGCAGCUUACUGGGAAAAGAUGAAGACAGUUGGGGCCUGUCAUAUACAGGAUUGUUGCAUCAUAACGGUGACAAAGUAAGCUUCUCCUCACGGUUCGGGCAGGGAUCCAUUAUAGGAGUGCAUCUGGACACCUGGCAUGGGACUCUUACCUUCUUUAAAAAUCGCAAAUGCAUCGGUGUUGCUGCCACAGAGCUGCAGAACAAGCGUGUGUACCCCAUGGCAUGUUCCACAGCUGCCAAAAGCAGCAUGAAGGUAAUCCGCUCAGUCUCCGCUCCCACCUCACUUCAGUACCUCUGCUGUUGGCGUCUGCGCAAGCUCCUCCCCUCAGGAGCGGACGCACUCCGAGUGCUGCCCCUGCCACCUGGACUCAGGCAUCUCUUACAUUCCAAACUCGGGUGGGUUCUGAGCUUAGACCACUCACAUCUGUAUACAAACUCGAGCACACACACACCGGCCGGGCCGUCUUCAGGCAGCGACUCGGACAGCUGCGCUUCUGACCCCGAGGCCUGUCGGAGGAAACGCUGCCGCUGGACCUGAGGCAAAAACGCUUACAUACACUGACGUGUAUUCAUACAUCAUUUCCUACAGUUAAUACAUUAUCGGUCUAUUAUAUAUUGUAAAUUAUGAAUGUUAAGACUUCAGUCUAGCUACAUGUACUUUCGACUACCAUCAUAUGUACCUGAUUUAACAAACAGCCUCUCCAUAUGGAUUAUAUCAUUGAUUUUAUUGUCUGUCAGACUCUUUAAGUGUUUAAGUGUGUGGAUGGUUUUAAUAAAUGAGAAAUAGUCUUUUAUUGAUGCAAAUUCUAUGAAAUAAUGAACUGACAUUUUAUUUUAUAGCAUACUAUAUGAUUCACUAUCUAAUCUUUUCGACACUGUCCCAAUUGACGUGGUCCUAAUUUCCCUCUGCUUAAUAAUCCCUGCCGCUUGCAUGACACCCUCAAUAGCCGAGGAGGGCCACAAGGUGAAGCCACUAGCCAUGUCUUUCCACUAGAGAGCCCUAACAUGCCAUCCUAGUACAACCCUGGGGUUGUUCCUGCCUUGCGCCCAGUGUUCCCAGGGGAACUGGACACACUGUAGCCCUGACCAUCAUAAAGCAGUAAAAAUAGAAACAAAAUAAGCAUAUGGCUUAUUUAAUCAUUUCGACCACUGAUUGACUUUUAAUUGGCUAUGUUUGUAAUGUUGCACAUUUAAUAUUGUCAGUUCCGUAACGAUCUUCUGGUAAAUGUCUUCGCCGUAGCUCAUUCGGUUGUUGUACUAACUAAUGUAUGGGUGUGGCCGGUUGUUGACAGUCGUAGUCCACCAGAUUGGUUCUGAAAAAAGGCUCAUUACAUUUCCGUUCAUUUCCAUUUUAAUUCGUUAGUAUGAACAGUUUUUAAACGUUAGUGUUUAAUCCAUUCUUCUCUUAUCCAAGUUGCUUUUUUCUACUGAAACUAAUACUGUACACCAUCUGCAGUAGAAUUUGGUGUAAUGUGUUUUGUGUGCGCUAGAACUUCUCACUUCUGGUGCACGACAAAAAACGCUGCUGGAUAUCCGCAGACUAGAAUGAAGUUUGGAGUGUAUCUGAGUUUCUAAAGCAUCAACUAACUCCAUUCAGCAUAAACAAAUGGACAGUGGAUGUUUAAGACAAAAUGAUGUUUUUUUAUGUACAUGCAGAAAGUGUACCCAGUCCGGUUCUUAUGUGCUAUUUUAUAUUUCUUUGUUAGAAUUGUAUUUAACAAAUACAGAGGUUUAAGUGUAUAGGUUUUGUAAUUUACUGUAAACAUAUUAAGGUCUUUAUUAUGCAUUAAAGCACUUUCUCUUCUUGUAUGUAUAUAGAAAUGCAUACAGAUCAUUUGCCCUGUGCUGUGUACAUAUUAUCUGCAUUUGCUUCUCUCUUCUCAGUCUCAGCUCUUUGGCAAGCAUGUGCUUUAACUUCAAGUAUGAUUUUAAGGAGUAGGUGGAAAAUUAUAUGCACAAAAAAAGAGGCUGGAGAUGUUUUUUAAUCAUAAUAAAGAAGUUAAAACAU